AUGGGGAAGGAGGUGAAGGCGGCUGAGGGGGUGGACAGUAGGGAAGGAGCAGCCCAGGAUGGCCGGGGGGAUCCUGGGGAAGGUGUGGAGAACGUCCAGGAGGUGAAGGCGGCUGAGGGGGAGGACAGCAGGGAAGGUGCAGCCCAGGAUGGCAGGGGGGAUUCUGGGGAAGGUGUGGAGAACGUCCAGGAGGUGGAGGCUGAGGGAGGGGAUGAGGGGAGGUCAGGGGUGGAUACCAAGGGAGAGGCUGCAGGGGAUGGUGAGAGCGAUGCCAGGGCAGAGGCACCCAAGGGUGCUGGGAGUGAGAACGGGGGCACCGAGGGUGCCAGGGACAAUGCCAGGGUGAAGACAGCCGGGGGUGCUCGGGAUGGGGCUGGAGGGGACGCAGCAGCAGCGAGCAACACCCGGGGCCAGCAGGACCCCACAUGGCUGCAGGAUGAAGAUGAUGAGCUGUGGCCCGAGUUCCCUCCCAGCUCAUCCUCAGAGGGGACUAUCAGCCCCACAUCACCCACAUCCCCCACAUCCCCUGUGUCUCCUAUAUCCCCAGCGUCCCCCACGUCCCCCUCCCCAGCUGACACCGCCGAGGGCUUGAGGGGCAGUGAGAGAGAUCCACCAGUGGGGAGGGCACAAGGCCAGGCACCCCCCAGAACAGCAGGGUCACGGCCGAGGUUGGAGGUGGCUGGGGGCCGACCACGUGCAAGUGCCCGGGCACAGGGACGCAGUGCCAUCCUGGAGAAGUUCGGAGGGGCAGCCAAGGGUCCAGCUCCCCAUCUGAAGCGGACAGGGAGCACAGCCACGGUGAAGGCCAUGCUGCUGGAGUGGUGCCGUGCCAGGACCCGCAGCUACCAGCAUGUGGAGGUGCAGAACUUCGCGGGGAGCUGGGGCAGUGGCCUGGCCUUCUGUGCCCUGAUUCACAGCUUCUUCCCUGAUGCCUUUGACUACGAUGCCCUUGACCCCAGCGCCCGCCAGCACAACUUUGCCCUGGCCUUUGCCACUGCCGAGGAGCGGGCGGGCUGUGCCCCGCUGCUGGAGGUGGAGGACAUGGUGCGGCUGCCAGUGCCUGAUGCCAAGUGUGUCUACACGUACCUGCAGGAGCUAUACCGGUGCCUGGUGGCCAAGGGGCUGGUGAAGACCAAGAAGCGCUGAGAGGGGUCCCUGCACCCUCUGUCUCCCCCUUGCUUCAUGCCCUGCCUUGUUCCUAGCAGUAAAAGAUUGUGGUGCCAAGA